AUGAAGGUUCAUCAAUUGUUACUAGACCAACUCCCUUCUCCUUCCUCCUUAUUUCCACCGCCCCCCUCCACCGCUGUUGCUGCCGCCGUCAUUCCUCUCCAGCCACCCCAGAAUCCUCAAAACUGCACCACCUCAAUACUAUCGUCUACAAGAAGCAUAAGCAGAUGGACUCCAAUGGCGGAGCAGAUGAAGAUCUUGCAGGCCUUGUUUGAAGGCGGGAUGCGGAGUCCAAGUCCGUCGGAAAUCGAGGAGGUGACCGCGGAGCUGAGCAAGUAUGGGAGGAUAGAGGGGAAGAACGUCUUCUACUGGUUCCAAAACCACAAGGCCAGAGAGAGGCAGAGGCAGAAGUUGAACAAGAAACGCAGCUAUCAACAGGAUGGUGAUACCGGUGCUGAUCUCUCCAAUCUCAAUCUCAGGGAUACAAGUAGAUACAAACGCAAGUGUAAUAAGAGUUGGAAUUGCUUAGAGUUGAAGGAAGUUGGAGAUGAAUAUGAUGAUCAUGAGGAUCAAACUUUAGAGCUUUUUCCAUUGCAACCAGAGUUUAACUUCCGCAAGACAAGUUUUUUUUAA